AGUCGCUAGCUGCAAUGCGUUCCGAAUCAAUUGCUCAUGACUGAUUGGCACUUACACAAUCACACAGAUUCUAAUACGCUCAGUGGUGUGGGGCUCAAAGUGAAUACGAUUAACACAAUCCACCCUGCCCUGGAUGCUACCGGGCAGACUGGAAUGGAGUUUUUAAACUAUGGCCUUGACGCGUACAAAAUAAACACGCUCCCGUUUCGGGAGUGGAUUGCAAAACCGCAGCCAACAGAGCACUGCUAAGGAUUCCGCGGUUGCGGUUUAUUAAAAGAAACAAAUGCUCAGAAAACGUGGUCCAAAUUAAUAAACUUGCUGCUAGGCUGUGUCCCGCGUGGGAAUCGAUGUGCUGUGCCGCUCCUUCGGGAGCUCUCGGGGAAAGUAGGAAAUGGUUGGUCCACUCUCACGGACACACACACACAGAGUGUAGUUCUUUCUGUAUGCAAAGAUUGUACCACUGUACCAAGGAGCCCUCGGCACGGUCUGCGUCACUUGGUCUGUGGCAGCAACGCAAGCAAGUGUGUGGUAGCACGCGACAGGAAGCGCGCGCUUAUCGCGGCUAAAACUACUCGGACUAAAAAGGGCACACAAUCGGCCACAACGGAUUCGAUUCGUUGCAGGUUUUAAGCAUUCGUUGUGCUGUGUGAAGUGUUGUGUUUCGUUAUGCUGCUGCACCCAGCACGAUCUUGGGAAACAAUCGUUUGAAUGUAUUUCUAAACUAAUCGAACGACAGCGUGCGUUUUCUGUAGAUCGUGAAUAGAAACGGUGAACAAGCAGAGGCUUUUUUAAGUGAAACGAUCACAAUUGUACAGCUUUCUGACAAAUUGUCCCAGAACAUCGUCCUUAUCAGUAUCAAUUAUGCAAGCCAUCGGCUACAAUGAGCGGUAAGUGAGCGUCCCAGAACCAUAGGGAGGGACCGUCAUUUUGUGAAAGUGCGUAAUAGCAAAAGGGGAAUGGUGGAUGGGUGCCAUGUUUAGAGCGCCAACGGAAAAUGUAUCAAUCGAACGCAUAAUUCAAUCGGCACACUUAACACUGCCUUAAUCUGCCUAGAUGACCUCGCAGGGGGAAAUUAAUUACUGCAACGAUGAGUGUAAGGAAAGGAAAGAGUAGCUACGAGAAUUCAAAGGUCCAUCGAUUGCGCAGCAUCAACAGAGAUUAGCACACAGUAGUGGCGAUGUAGUUGCAUGAUCAGUGUUCGUAGGGAGAAGAUCAAGUACCGAAUUCACAUCACGUUCUUCUUUGCAUCAUCGAAACGAGCUGCCGGAACACGACGCUAUCGUAUACUGAGCUGAUAAUAAGCUCGGCAGAAUACCCGUGAGAGAAAGUGGCACAGUCACGGCACGGUCUCUUAUCACACCGUCAUCGUUUGAUGAUCGUCACGUUGCGUAGCGUUCUGUGAGUGGGCGCUGAAGCGUUCCAUCCCUAAUCGAAUGCGUUUCAGAUUUUGCGCCACUAGCGUGUGUCUUUUUGUUCAAGUACUUUCACAUGUGCCUUUUUUGCCCUCUUACCGACAAUUUCAACCACUCGAUGGAUGCAACAAUCCCAGGCUUAACCACAAUCUAAGCCCACGGGUAAUGAUGGGGCAGGGCAGUGUGCGUGUGUGUGUGGUGACGAAGUAGGACGUUAUCUUCAUCAAGAGAGGAUCACUUUUCUCGUUUUUUUAUGGCUUGUGUUUUGUGACAUCUCUUUAGGGCCUCACAGAGAGCGAGAGAAUGCCUUGAAAAGCGUGCUGCAUGGUGUAGUUCUUCAGUCGCAUUGGAGCUGCGAACCGGGACCGAGACUCUGCGGCUGAAGUUUUAAGAGAAAGUGUGUCGGAGUGUGGACAAAAUAGCGAAGAAAAGGGCCAUUAGAAGACUCGAAACAAUGAUAUUUUUCGUCGACAAUUACUCUACCAUGGACGAGGACGAUGAGCUGUAUCUGAGCUACGACUGGUCAUCGGACGCGAUGUCGAUUAAAAGUGCCGGAAGUGACUCAAGCAAAUCGGAUGACAUUGACCAGAACGGCGAGCGGCUCUCGUUGGCGUACGAACGAUUGUCACAGAUCCCGCGCAAAAUCGCCGAGAAGUUCUCCCGCACGACGACGAUCCUCGAUUUGAGCUACAAUGAAAUCAAAGACCUCUCCUUCCUGACACACUUCCGGCAGCUGAACACACUCAUCCUGGACAAGAACGUACAGCCGGACGAGCGAACGCUACCGACCCUUCCCAACCUGGAGCUGCUCUGGCUCAACCACUGUGAUAUCAUCAACCUGCAGAACUGGAUCUAUCGCAUCCGCGAAUGCUGCCCCUCGCUCAAGUACCUAUCGCUGAUGGGUAACCCGGGUGCGACCUCCUCCUUCAACGGCAACUCCACGCUCGAACACAACGACUACCGGCUGUUCGUGAUCAGUAUUCUACCGCAGUUGCGCUACCUGGACGACGCAGAAGUGACCGCCGCCCAGCGUACGCAGGCGAAAAGCUUCAAGCACAGCUACAACCUUAACCAGGGACCGUACAACAUCUUCGAGACGGUAGGGCGUCGUCAGCAGCCGGUACUGCUGCCAAGUGGGGCCGAUGCUCUAACCACAACACCAUCCGUAACAGCAACAGCAACGGUUAAGACAACGCCAACGACGACCUCGACGGUAACAUCAACCUCUAAGCAGUCACCAGCAGCUUCGACGAAGGUGUCCAGCACCGCACAGAAGAAACCCCGAAAGCGUCGCAACGGUGCCACACAGUCACAGGGAAAUUCGUAAUUACCUUCCCUACACGAGGCACGGAAGGUGGCUAGUGUUGCAAGGUGUGCUUCCAUUUUUUUUGUAAUAAACAAUUGACCUCAAAGCAUUAUACGAAUGCUUUGUGCACGAUUACAGCAAAAACAUAAA